UUUUCCAAGAUCGUUCUGAACCUUCAAAAGGGACUACCAAAAAUACUUUGUGUCAUACUCGAAAGUUAAGUAAUAAUUGUUACUAAGAGAAAAUGAAGCUUGUUUUGAUCGUUUUCUUGGCCGUUCAUGUCUUGGUUGUCCCAUCGACAAAUGCCAAUAAUGAUGAUGUCGUGAAAUUAAUCCAGACGUUACUCGAUAGUGCUGAUACACAAGAGGAUGGCAUCAAACAAGAGCCAUCAGAAGGGCCUCUCAAAUGUACCAAGUGUCAGAAUAUUGUUGGGAGCAACCGUGGCAACAAAUACUGCGUAUCUGAAAUGCCAGACCAAGUUGAAACGUGUGCCGAAGGUGUUACAAGUUGUUACAUUCGAGUAAGGAACCUUGUGGACACAGAAGCAAAGCGUAUUAAUACGAUGGAGGUCAUCCGUGGUUGCCAACCAGACGGACUCGUGUGCGAUGAGGCCAUCGCCAUAAAAAGCCGUUUUGAGAGAUACACACAGUGUUGUGAUCAUAACGAGUGCAACGUGGACCACGUCGUUGCAUUCCCUGAAGAAUAAGUCAUCUUAUCAUUCUGCUUGACAUGACUCCUCACAUUUACAUCGUUCUUUAAAACCAUUGAUAACAAAUAAACAGAAUCCUUUAUUGUAGAGGAGGAAAAUGGUGCACAUUUAUAUGAUAUGUUGGCCUCAUAUAUCUAGUGUCAUAAUGUUACCAUGGUUACAGGAUUUAGUACUUGUAAAUCUAAAAUAGGCACCAAGUAAAUUCAUGUUCUUAGUUUUAGUUUCCGUUUUGCUUUAAUCGAUUUUAUCUUCUGACUGUUUGGAUCUAUUCACCUUGGACAGGUUGGCUCUACAGGGAGUAAAGAACGACUCUAUGAUUUUCAAAGAAUUGAAAAAAAUUAAUAUGAUGGAAAAAUGAUAAGAGGAAAAGAGGAUAGGUAGAGAGUACGCAGAUUGCUUUUUUUUUUUUUAGAUGUAUGGGCCACGUACCUUCUCUUCGAUACAAAAGGUACAGUAGGUACUGUUUAUCAUUUAAAGACUCAUUUAAGAUCGAGUCAUAAUACUAGGAAAUGGAGUUUCGGUACAAGCGUUAACUUAGAGUUCAAAUCAAUAAUGAUCGCUCAAAUAUUAUCCGCAUUCUAAUUCAGAUAAAUCAAUUCCAGUCCUAUUAAACUUAGUAUGGAGGUACAUGGUAUAUGUUAUAUAUAGGUAUAAAGCCAAUUUUGAUAUAUAACAAAGAAAGUAAAUGGGUUUUAUGUCAUUUAUAUAUAGGGUACUCUCUUUUAAUUUGGUUAAUGUGUUUUAUAAACCUAUUGUUUUUACGAUAUUCAAUUUCAGAUCAUAAUUAUAUGACAAUGUGCAUCGAAUUAUUGGUCGAUUGGAUCAACCUUUUUUUUUUUAACUAUUCGCCCUUUCACACGGUAAAAAAAAAAUCGUAAUUUGAAUGAUGAUUCCAGUGAAAAAUAAGGCUAAUGACGAAUUUUUAGCACGUGUGAAACCAAAGUAGAAUCACGAACGCUAAUCACAAUCACGAAUUCAAAUUCUAAUCUGGAGAUGAAUUCCAGUUACGGUACGAAUUUUGCGUGUGAAAGGUCCGAUGAUUCUAAAGACAAAUUGCAAUCGUCAUUACAAUGGGCCUUUUCAUACGUGAAUCUUGAAUCAUCAUUUUAAUGAUAAUUGCUAUUGUAAUCGUGAAUGUGAUUAGCGUUCGUGAUUCUAAUCAUGUUUUAGUUUGUUUUCACACGUGCUAAAUAUUCGUCCUUAGCUUUAUUUUUCACUGGAGUCAUCAUUCAAAUUACGAUUUUUUUUUUAACCGUGUGAAAGGGCGGUUGGAUGAUUCAAGAUUCACGUCUGAAAAGACCCUUUGAGUGCAUCACCUUUCCCUUAUUCCCUUUGAAAUGAACCUGUAUUCAGCCCCGGGGUCUCAUCAAAAUUAAGACUAAAUACAUUACAACAGUACAACAGUUUUGUUUUCCAUGGCUUCCAGCCCCCCCCCCCCUCCCUCUGUACGCCGGCAGGGUUGGGCAACAAGAAUAGGUACUAAGUAAUGUACUAGAUCAUUAAUGCGAGUACGAUCGUGCUAAAAAUUCAUCAUUAGCCUUAUUUUUUACUGGAAUCAUCAUUCAAAUUACGAUUUUUUUUUACCGUGUGAAAUUAAUAAUAAUAUUAAAGUUGAUAUCUCAGAUUCACGCAAGCAUAUAGGAAUGAGUUAUUAUACAAUAUGUUCAUAAAAAUCAUUCAUUAUGAUUGAACUCUAAUAUAGCGCAAACUUGUCGGAAACUGCUGAAAUUAGUCAACUUUGUAACUAAUAAAAUUGUAUUAUGUCUCCCUUUUCAUGAUUAUUUUACGCUAUGUUGGCAUGCAAAUAUCGCAAGGGCCUCCCUUUUGUAACUUAUCUGAAACUUGCAAUAGACAUUGAUCCAAAUGAUGCCCCUAGAUACAAAAAUAAUAACUACUUAUAUUUCGUUCAUAUGCAGGGGUGAACCGGCACACGUUAUCAUGGAAUAUCAAAUUCCCGUGGAAUGCUUUGUCAAUGAUUGGGAUGCUUUUGUGUUAGAUUUUGUAUAGAUUUUCGAAUGUAUUGUGUUUGAGUUUACUUCCUUCCUUGAACACCCCUGGGUUAUGAUAUAAACAGCAUUGUAUGUGGCAUAUUUUUAACCCACUUAUAUUUUUGUUCAUUGAAAUAUUGCCAGUUCUGGAAGGGUGUGUUUCAUCACGUGAUAAUGCUAUGAAUGCCGAGAAAUAUUCUUUAGAGUUGUUAAAAAAAGAGCUAUAAAAAAACUCUUAUUCAUAAACAAAAUUGUCAUAUCUCCCAUGAUCUAAACAACCCACAUUGUUCAUUAUGAUGUAUCAGUAAUUAAAAAAUGUACUUAUACAGAAAGUCACACUAUCGCGACAUAAAACGUUUUAUUUUCUGUCAAAAUAAAAUGGUCAAAAUCUGUUACUAAAUACCGGUACAGUAACAAAGCCCUUUAUACUCACAAUUCACGACUGACUACCUAUAGCGUAAUAAUAAAAUAUGUGGAUUAGUGUUUUUUGUGAUAGCUUUCAUUUUAACAAACAGGCAAAAAUAUAAUCUUUUUAUUCCAAA